AUGUGGCUUACUCUCAUCCCCUCUCAGAGCGAUCCCGGAAUCUCCAAUGAGCGUGCAGCCCAUAACGAAUUGCACACGGGACUGCCCCCUCGUCCGCAGUCUGAGCCAUCGCCUCGGUCCUCAUUGAUGAACAGGUCUCGCAGGGAACUUCCACCACUGGUUGCAUUAGCCAGAGUGCGUCCAGCCAUGCCCACUCCCCUGCCAACACCGUCCGGGACGUACGACCUGGAGACGAUGCGACAAUGGCUGCAAGCGAAAGCUGAAGAAGAUCGCCGUGCCCAAGAAGAAGAGAAGACGCGCCAGGAAUCAUUGCGGCUUGAACAGCGCAAAGUCGAGCAGAACAUUUUACAGGAAUCUCUUCGCGGGGGCAUUACCCCAACUACGAUCCCCUCGAUUUUUGCUGCUAUGGGAAGAGCCGGCAAUCCAGGUUUCACAACGGAUAUGUCACUGCAAUAUACGCCUCAGCAAUCUCAAAAUUUGCCUUAUCCAACGCAGUCACGUUGGCCUUUUCCCGGACCAGGCCAACCAGCAGGGCCAUCCACAACUCUUCCCCCACUCACUCAGACAUUCGACCCUCAGAAAGAUGCUCGCGUUGCUGCCCCUGCCCCUGUUUAUCACAAUAAUCAACAUUUGUCUGCGAGCAGGGCGAAUACUCCAUCGCAUAUACCCGAGAAUGGCGGUACGUCGGUCCUCCCUGCGAACACCACAGCCCAUUCGCCACUGCCGCCGCCAGCAACGAAUCCACGCUCUCAGGCAGCUACACCAGCGUAUAUGCAAAACAGAGAUAGCCCAGGGACGAGCCAGCCUGCUUCCGCACGGCAAAUCCCACGGCCCCGUGGGCCAUCCAACCCAAUAUCAUUCCACCACUGGGUCCCCCCGGGCCAAGCGCAGAGCCAGCCGCAAGGUCAACUAGAAGGUCAGCCACAAGGUCAGCCACAGGGCAAUGAUGCACCAUGUAAGAUAACCGAACCAGAUGAAAAGAAAGAUACUCCAGCGGAGGUUGACGCUGGGAAAUAUAUCCAGAGCUCCCCUGGCCGCAAACGAAAGUCCGAGUCGACUCACCGUGCUAGUGCUUCGCCAUUCCUUCGCCACCCACGUCUAAAUCGCUUACACUUACACGAGACGAGGGUCCAACGAAGUCAGAGUGGUCUUGGUGGUGGCUCCCCCAAUAUUACGACAAGAGAUUAUCGGUUGCAUAGAAAUUUUGCAGAAAAUCCCGAAAAAUCACAGACCCAACCAAAUGAGAGAGGAGAAGGUGCCGUGCCGACUCAAAUUUCAGAACAAGAUACGCCAGAAAAUGCUUCGAGCGCAAUCGAUCAUUGA